AACAGCAAAAAAAAAAAAAGACCCAUGAAGAAGCUAAUUUCUUGCAAAAUGAUGGAUAACCUGGGAUAAAGAGAUAAUUACCAAUUCGAAGAAUUAUAUAAGCUAAAGGAUUCUUAUUUUAUUUAACAAAAGACUGGAUUUAUGAAGGACAAAUUACCAAAACAAGACUUAAUCACUAUUGUUGCUAUUUACUGCUGCAAUUAACGCCACUACAAUUAUUAUUAUAUUCCGACUGUGGUAGUGGUUUAUAUAAACAAGGAAAGUGUGUAUAUAUAUAUUAUAUAUACAAUAAAACGUUGACCACUGUGGAAAGACAACAGCAUUAACAGCAAGAACAGGCCGUGUAUGAGUGCAUAGAAUAGUCGAGAUAAAAAGAGUAUAGAAGGGACAUUAUAUAUAUAUUUAUUAUAAAUAGACAAUUGGUGAUUAUGUGUGAUUAUAGAUGUGUAGAGAGAGAGUGUGUCAUGUAGUGUGAGUGAAGGAUAUAUAUAUAUAUAGAGAGAGAGAGAGAGAAAGAGAGAGAGAGAGAGGGUACAAAUAGACUUCUAGUGACGCGACAGAAAUAUAUAGAGAGGGGGAGCAGUAAGAUAUAUACAUAUAUAAAGAGAGGAGGAGUGAGAGGAUAAGCGUAAUAAAAAAAAGAAAUUGAUAGACAGAAAAGCAGGCGCAACAAGACAUUAAGUGACAGAGGUUAGGGUGGAGUGAAAGGAAGAGGCAGACUAGUGGACAAAGAUAGAUAGAGAGGACUAAUGAGGUUUAAUUAAACCAGUAGAUAGAGAUAAAAAUAGAGAGAGAGGGAGGGAAGAGUCACUGCUAAAGGAGUGCAAGAGUGUUAGCGAGAGGAAGAGUUAGGACAGUCGAUAGACAGGGAGAGUUUUAAGUGAGAGAGAGGCAACACAACCAGUGUCGAUAGAUAUAUAAAUAGAAAGAGGGGAAGAGGCAAUCGAGAAAGUGUGAGGCCAGUAUCGAUAAACAGAGAUUGAGAGAGGGGAAGGAGUGAUAGAGAUACGGUAGAGAGGUGUGAGAGGCGCAGUAAGACCAGUGUCGAUAGACAGAUAGUGGGGAAGGAGUGAUAGAAGCAGUCAGGCCAGUGUAAAUAGACAGAUUAAAAGAGGGGAAGGAGUGACAAAGAUAAGAUAGAGAGGUGUGAGUGAGAGGAGCAGAGAGGGCAGUGUCGAUAGAGUAAUUGAUAGAGAGAGGGGAAGAAAUAGUGAUAGAGAAGGAUAAGAUAGAGAGGGCGUGAGUGAGAGGAGCAGUGAGGCCAGUGGAGAGACGACAACAAGAUGGAGGCGGUAGCGAAAUAUGACUUUAAAGCUACAGCCAGCGAUGAAUUAAGUUUUUUAAAAGGAAGCAUUCUCAAGAUAUUGAGUAUGGAUGAAGAAAAAAUGUGGUACAAGGCUGAACAAUAUGGCUCAGAGGGUUAUGUUCCAUACAACUAUAUACAGUUGAAACCACACCCGUGGUUUAUUACAAAAAAAGUAACUCGAGCUCAGGCUGAAAAGAUGUUGCUGGAGAAAGAUGAUGUUGGUGAAUACAUUCAGCCAGAUGGUGCAUUCCUGGUGCGUCACAGUGAAAGCUCUCCUGGUGAAUUUUCUAUUUCAGUCAAGUUUCGUAAUGAAGUACAACACUAUAAAGUACUGAGAGAUGGAGCAGGGAAGUACUUUCUCUGGGUCACGAAAUUCUCUUCGCUUAAUGCUAUUGUCGAUUACCACAGGCGGUCAUCUGUUAGUCGGGGAGAGACUAUUUUUUUGAUAGACAUGUUAAUGAAAAAAGACAAAAAGAAACAGGUAAAAGCAUCAUUUGACUUUGAUCCGCAAUACCCUGAAGAGUUGCAGCUACAGAAAGGGGAGAUAAUCACAGUUCUAGAAAAGAAAGAUGAAAAUUGGUGGAGAGGAGAGAACACUCGCGGAGUGCAAGGACUGUUUCCAGCCACAUACGUUUGUGAAAUACAGCAGUGAGGUCUCUCGCUUGAAUUGGCAACUGUUGUCAGAAGGCAAAAAAAAAAAAAAAAUUAUAUUAAAAAAAGUGAAACCAAAACCACAGCAACAAUUAAAAAAGAUUUUAAAAAAAAGCAAUCCCUGCCAAUGCCACCACUACCACCACCACCAUCUGUCCUUCAUAAACACAUUUCACUGACUGACUGACUGUCAGUAUGUCUGUUUGUGUAUCCAAGACUUUCUGUUGAUGAGGAGACUACAGAAAACUGGGAGAAGAAGCAGUCACUUUUAUAUAUAUGUUCUCCUAUUCAAUAAAGUGGGGAGGUAAAUGAAGGAGCACAAGAGAUAAAGCCAAACUCAUUUCAAGACAAACAUCUUUGACAAACCCACCGCAUUUGCUCUCGAAACAGAAUCACAGUUUCACAGUUGUACCUAAACGCACACACACACACACACACACACACGCAGGCGCAUAUGGGUGUGUGUUCAUAUAUAUAUUGUGUGUGUAUGUGUAUCUAUAUAUAUAUAUAUGUGUGUGUGUAUAAAGAAAACUGAAAGGAAAAGAUGCCCUACACACACAGCAACAGUCUAUACUUCUACUGCUACAACACAGAUCCCUUGCGAACGGCAAAAACUGAAGGCCCAAUCAUCUCACUGGUUUGUUGGGGGCGGAUGAGGAUUGAAACAUCUUCCUAUCCCCUCCCUCCCCCGACCUGCUUCUGAUUGACCCCCACUAUUGUAUAAUAUCUCAC